AUGCAGAGCCUGCUCCUGACUGUCACACUGUGUGGCCUGGUUGCUGUCUUACAGGCCCAAGGUGACCUGCCCUUCCUCUCAGAAGAAGAGAAACUCUCAGGUGUGUGGUUCGUAAAGGCUACAGUGAGUGAAAGGAGCCGGACAGCGCUGAGGAGACCUCUGGUAGUGUCCCCUCUUGGAGUAUCAUGCCCAUUCCGUAUGCAGAGAACAGAGGAGCCUGGUCAAUACAGUGCCUUCUUGGGUCAGAUGCUCUUCUACAUCUAUGAGCUGCCAGCGAAGGACCACUACAUCGUAUGCCUUGAACACCUUUUGUUUGGGAAAAAGUUCCAAAUAGUAGACCUCAUUGGAAAGCAUCCAAAAGGAAACCUAGAGGUCCUGGAAGAAUUUAAGGAAGUCAUACAGCACAAAGGACUUCUCCAAGAAAACGUUAUUUUGCGUAAGCAGAGGGGUGAGAAAAUGCUCUGUUCUGCUUCUCCCCCACGUACCCUGUGUGCUACCCAUAAGACUACUACCCUUGUGUAA